CGGUCGCAACCGUCGACUGGGCCGCGCGAAUCUGCGUGGAUCCCCACACGUUUGGAAGAUAAGCAUUCGAUGUCUUAUGGCGCGCGCUCGGCUGAAGAGCUGGAAGCAGUAAGAAACAGCGAAGCAGGCUCAGCUUCGUGCUGGACCAUGCUUUCCCGAAGCACGUUAGGCCACGCCGCUUUCUUGUCACCGCGUUGGGAUGGAUGUCAUUUCGGGUUUGCCCUCGGUGUCUCCGCCCCCUUGGUGCUUUAUCCGGGGAACGUGAGGGAACGUAUCCUGAAGACUUCAGAAUCAGCGCGCUGCAUGUGGAAUCACAAGCAGGAAAGUCUUGGUAUUUCCUGUACGCGUGUGCUGCACUUCCCCGCCGCGAUGGCGAGGACGACUCUUCAUGUGGUCGUGCGGAUCCGUUCUGCUGUCCUCCUCUUACCACCUGAAAUGCUAUAAAGGCGAUAACCCUCCCGCUUCCUGCGUCCCCCAGGCCAACUCGGCAAGCCGUCUCCCUCGCUGCGCUCCCGACUCGACCCGCCCUCCGUCAUGGCUCCCUGGUUAUCGCGCGCCCUCGCGGCACUCCCCAUCCUCGCCUCGGGCGCCCAUGCACUCAUCGAGAGCGUCGCCAUGCGCGGCGUUCCCCUCAUGCCCAAGGUGCCGUUGAAGAACAGCGCUGUGCACAGCCCCAACGGCGACGUGUUUGAUCUCAGCACGGUGUACUACUUCGACCAGCAGGUUGACCAUAACGACGCGAGCAAGGGCACGUUCCAGCAGCGCUACUGGACGAGCAACCAGUACUACCAGACGGGCGGUCCCGUCGUUCUCAUGACGCCAGGCGAGGCUAAUGCCGACGGCUACCAGGGCUAUCUCGAGGAUGGUACCAUCACGGGCGUGAUCGCACAGCAAAACAACGGCGCGGGUGUCAUCAUCGAGCACCGCUUCUUCGGUCUCUCGAACCCGAUCGACAACCUUAACGACUCUUCGCUUGCUCUCCUCACCAUCGACCAAGCCGUCAAUGAUCUUGUCUACUUCUCCCAGAACGUCGUCCUCCCCUGGACUGGCGGUGACCAGGUCAAGGCUCCCCAGACCCCGUGGAUCCUCGUUGGCGGUUCUUACUCUGGUGCCUUGACUGCAUGGACGAUGGUCAACAAACCUGGUGCUUUCUUCGCUGGCUGGGCAUCCUCGGCCGUCGUUGAGGCUAUCACCGACUUCUGGGGCUACUUUGCUCCGAUCCAGGAGAACAUGCCCGCCAACUGCUCCGCCGACGUCCAGGCCGUGAUCUCGUACCUCGACGACGCGCACGACAACAACAAUGCAGCCAACCUCGCAAACAUCAAGAACGCGUUCAACCUCGGCUCGCUCGCAGAUGUCGACUUCGCCUCCUCCCUGAUGAGCCCGAUCUACUCGUGGCAGGACCUGCAGCCCUCCAGCGGCGCGGGCCAGCCAUUCUUCCAGUUCUGCGACGCGCUCGAGGUCAAGGACGGCCAAUCCGCUGACGCGAACGGCUGGGGUGUCGACAACGCCAUCGCCGCGUGGGGCAAAUACUACCAGUCGCAACAGCAGGGUCCGCUCUGCGGUAACGCCUCUGCUGAGGAGUGCUUCGGUACCGCGGACAAGACCCAGCAGUUCUUCACGGACGUUGAUGUCGACAACGCCGGCCGCUCGUGGAGCUGGAUGGUCUGCAACGAGGUCGGGUGGUACCAGGACGGGCCCCCGUCGGGCCAGCCCGCCAUCGUUUCGCGCAUGAUCAACACGCAGUACAGCGAGGGUCUCUGCACGAGCAUGUUCCCCACCGUCUUCACCUCGGAGCGCGACCCCGCCGUCGACAAGACCGACUCCACUUACCAGGGCUGGAACCUCCAGGUCGACAACCUCUUCUUCGCCACCGGCAAGAGCGACCCCUGGCGUGAGGCUACCGUGAGCGCAUCCACCUCGCCCGCCAAGACCUCUGACAACAUGCCCAUCGCCGAGGGCGACGGCUUCCACUGCUCCGACCUCACCAUGGACUCGGGUUCUGUUGACCAGACGAUCAACGCGGUGCAGACGCAGGGUCUCGCCGCCAUCAAGGCAUGGCUCGCGGCCAAGUAAGCGUUGGGCGUACGAGUUAAGAUGAUAGACAUCCAAAACGAUUUUAGAUAGGACGUUAACGUUAUUUAACGAUAUGUAUAUAUUGGAUGGGCUGUCCUUCGUGGACAUUGUGGAAUACUUGCUACACUUAACCCGGGGUUUAUGCUGGUUUAUGACUGAUUCCC